AUACAUAUAAAAUACCAAGGAAAAAAGAAGAAGGCAAGAUUCAGAGAAUUAUCUAUUGUUUUUGACCUCUGAUCGCACACGGCUUCUUUUCUCCUACAUUUUUGUUUCUCUUUUCAGUCACAUGCUCUCCUCUCUCUCUCUCCUCUUAUAACUUGCCCGCUUCAGCCUUUCUUCUUCCCUUUCGUUUUUUCUUCUUCUUUUUUUGCAUUAAAAAAGAGUUAUUCAUUAGCAUUUGAAGGCUGUUGACUGAAUAUCUGGACAGAAAAGGUGUUCCUCAGAUCUACAGUUAAAAAUAUUUUGAGUUUUGGAUUUGCCGUCAACCUUUUGCUUGUUCUUCUUCUCCGUCAAGGCUUUGUUAUUUUCAGGACUGGAUGUGAUUCAAUCUCAAAGGAUCUGCUCUGAUUAAAAGAUGAUUUAUAGAGACAUACGAGAAGCAUAGAUUGGUGAUCUAUUGAUGUUAAUUUAUGUUCUCAACAGUUCAAACAGGUUGUAAUUAACUGAUUUCCAUGGUUUGUAAGAUGGAGACCGAUCCAAUUGAAGACAUGGACGUCGAAGUCCUUUCUUCAAUGUGGCCUGAAGAUAUUGAACAUGAAGCUGGGAAGCAGUUUAAUGUAGAAAACCCAAGAGGUGACCAAGAUAUGUUGGAAGAGGUAACAAUUGUGGGGGAGCCAACCAUAGUUGAUUUCCAACAUCUUAUAGAGCUAACUAAUUAUACAGACAAGGGCUCGUCUCAGUUAGCAUACCUUGUAAAACACUGGGAAUAUAAGCAAGCGAAUGCUGUUCGUCUUCUUAGAGAAGAACUUGACAAUUUAAGCAGACAAAGACAGGAAUCUGAGCUCAAGAAAUUAGAGAUAUUGGAGGAACAUCGUUUCGAGGAAAGGUAUGGAGGAGAUAAACGCCCGAUUUCCAUACUGGAUGGCAUUUAUGAUAUAUGGCAAGAAGUUCCUCGGAGGAAAUAUAAUAUUAUGGUUCCAAGUAAAAGAGUUGAAAUUGAUGCCGAGUAUGAUACUGUCAUAUACUGGAAACAGCGAGCCGCGCACUUGGAGAAAAUGUUGGAAGCCAGCAUGCAGAGAGAGCAGCAACUCAUGGAAAAGUUGCAGGAAAGCAUAAAAAAUCUGGAAAAACAGUCUUCACCAGUAGAAGAGUUGUCCCAAGUUCUUAAAAGAGCAGAUAAUUUCUUACAUUUUGUACUUCAAACUGCACCCGUUGUGUUUGGGCAUCAGGAUAAAGAGCUGCGGUAUCGCUUUAUUUAUAACCAUUUUCCAAGUUUACAAGAGGAGGACAUUUUAGGAAAAAGAGAUGUGGAAAUUUUUACUGGAUCUGGUGUUAAGGAGUCUCAGGAUUUUAAAAAAGAAGUGAUGGAUAAAGGAUUGCCUGCAAAAAGAGAAAUCACAUUUGAGACAGAACUAUUUGGGUCGAAGACGUUCUUGAUAUAUGUGGAACCUGUUUUUAGCAAGGCAGGGGAGACUAUUGGUAUAAAUUACAUGGGCAUCGAUAUAACAGAUCAGGUACGGAAAAGGGAAAGGAUGAUAAAGAUACGAGAGGAGAUUGCGGUACAAAAGGCAAAGGAAACAGAACUCAACAGAACCAUACACAUAACAGAGGAGACAAUGCGUGCAAAACAGAUGCUGGCAACCAUGUCCCAUGAGAUAAGAUCUCCUCUAUCUGGGGUUGUUAGCAUGGCAGAGAUCUUGGCCACAACGAAACUUGACCGAGAGCAAAGACAAUUAUUAGAUGUUAUGAUAUCUUCAGGAGAUUUGGUCCUUCAACUUAUAAAUGACAUCCUUGAUCUUUCCAAGGUUGAAUCAGGUGUCAUGAAGUUGGAGGCUACAAAAUUCCGACCGAGAGAGGUUGUAAAGCAUGUUCUCCAGACAGCUGCAGCAUCAUUGCGGAAGAUUCUUACGUUGGAAGGAAAUGUAGCAGAUGAUGUUCCUAUUGAGGUCAUAGGAGAUGUGCUAAGAAUUCGACAAAUUCUCACCAACUUGAUCAGCAAUGCUAUCAAGUUUACACAUGAAGGAAAGGUAGGAGUAAAACUUUAUGUAGUCCCAGAGCCGCCUUUUGCAAAAGAAGGAUCUCAGAAUGGGUCUGCUGGAUCAACUGCUAAUCAAUCCACAACUAAUGUACCAAAAGAAGAGACAUGUACAUCAACGUCUCAAACUAGCAGUGACCAGAGAGGAUUUCAUGGUAAGAAACACGAAGGUUCUUGCCAAGACCGUUCACAAAGUGAACGUGGUACUCCAGUAACGAAUGGAACAAUAGAUGUAACCGAGGAGCAAGCAGAAUUACCUGAAACAACAGUUUGGAUUCGCUGUGAUGUAUAUGACACUGGAAUUGGCAUACCUGAAAAUGCUUUACCCACACUUUUUAAGAAGUACAUGCAAGUCAGUGCCGAUCAUGCCCGUAAGUACGGUGGGACAGGACUUGGCCUCGCAAUAUGUAAACAGCUGGUUGAGUUAAUGGGCGGCCGUCUUACUGUGUCUAGCCAAGUGCAUUGCGGUUCUACAUUUACGUUUAUCUUACCUUAUAAGGUUUCUCUAUCAUGUGAUCAUUCUGAUGACGCGGAUGACAACCUCUCAGAUAUGGAUGAUCAUGGUGCUACGGAUGAUGAUGCAACGGCUGGCUUUUUCCAAUUCCAGCCACGUACUUUGGGUUCCCUAUUUUCUUCUAAUGGAUCUAGCAGAACCCAAAAUUUAUUAGCACAUAAUAUUGGCUAUGUAAAUUCGCAUAAAAUUAAUGGGUUCUCAGAGAAUUGUUAUUCAUUUCCCACGAGUAAUGGUCAAACAAAGGAGAUGGAUUUAUUUGAGGAUGCUUGUUCUGUUGCUGAAGCUUUAGAGAUAUCACCUGAGCCUGAAAGUUCAUUUAGUCACAGCCCAGACCACGAUAAUGAAAGAGCAAUUUGCAGAGACAAGCAUCAUCACAAUGUUGUAAAUGCUGAGAACAAAGUUUCUACCAGAGAUGUGUCAAGUUGCUCAGAGACAAGCAGAGAGGUGGAUGUGAAAGAGAAGAUAACUGAGCCCCAGCUGCCAGCGGAGAGGCAGGGGAGAUCUGACAGCGGUUUUCAGUCCACAUUAAACAGCAGCCGAGAAGCAUCAAAUUCUAUCUCAAAGCCAAAGAUCCUCCUGGUGGAAGAUAAUAAAAUUAAUGUAAUGGUGACGCGGUCAAUGAUGAAGCAGUUAGGCCACACAAUAGAUGUUGUGAGCAAUGGUGUAGAAGCUGUCCGUGCAAUUCAGUACCAUAGUUAUGAUCUUGUCUUGAUGGAUGUGUGCAUGCCGGUCAUGGAUGGCCUUCAAACAACGAGAUUGAUUCGUUCCUUUGAGGAAACUGGUAAUUGGGAUGAAGCAGCAAAGGCUGGGAUAGAGAAGCCUUCACCAUCUUCUGAUUCAUUACAACCAGAUUGUACACCUCCAAAUCGUAUCCCCAUAAUUGCAAUGACAGCAAAUGCAUUGUCAGAGAGUGCUGAUGAGUGUUCUGCAAAUGGCAUGGACUCGUUUAUUUCAAAGCCUGUAACUUUCCAAAAACUGAAAGAGUGUCUCGAGCAAUAUUUGCCACGAUGGAAACAAUAGGAAACAGCGCAAAACUCAAAGUUCAACUGAUCUAUCUUGACCUUUGCGGGCUAAAUUGUUGUAUUCCAUUGACAGCUACGAUGCCUGGGGGGAAAACUUAAGUUGCUGCUCUCACUGCAACCUUGGCAACAGCAAUAUGCAUUAACGGGAGGAGAGAUCAAGGGUCCAACUAGUGGUAGCUGGUUCAAUGGUUUUGCAUGUUGAAGAACCUGCAGAGAUACAAGUGAUCUUAGUCGAUGACUUGUGAGAAAAUUUUCCACGAACCAUUACAUCUAGGCAUAUUUCAUCACGCAUUAAAUGCCGACUAUUCUCACCAACUCCCCAUAAACUGGGAUGCAUCAUUGGACCCAACCUUUUUGCUGGUUUAGGUGAGGGAACAGAUCAAGUGAAGAUUACAUGCGGAAGAAAAAGAAAUUUAAAACCACAUGGAUUUACCAUUCCAGUGGUGAACAAAUAACGCCUGGAGGUAACAUCAUGCUUCCAACAGUGCGCGUUCCAUGAAUGAAGCCAUGCCUCAAAAUGUCCUGCAAUAAGAAACGCAAAAUCUUUAAGUGAUGUAAAGAACCAUAACUACUAGAUGGUGAUAGUUUCAUGUUAUUACUUAGCAAGCUUACCAUUAGCAAUAAGGAAAUAAGAAGCAAUGUGGAAGUUAAGUGCAGAA